AUGGCUUUAUGUGCAACCUAUCAUUUUCAAACGGUUAGUGUAUCAUUGCCACAAUCAACCCAGUGGUUGAGUAAUCUUCGAACUCUACGUCUGGUAAGAUGUAAUUUGGGUGACAUCUCAUUUGUGGUUUCCUUAAAAAGCCUUGAGAUUCUUGAUUUGAAGAGGAGUGAGUUCAGGUUAUUGCCAAAAGGAAUAGAAGAAUUGACUAAACUGAAAUUGCUAGAUUUGAGACAUUGCUCGAUGAUGGAAAAUUGUGAUGAAGUGAUUAAGAGGUGUUCACAGCUUGAAGAAUUAUAUGUGUACGGAGAUGAAGCAUACUUUGGGAAAAAUAUUUCAGAUUCUCAUAAUACUUGGUUUCUGGAGAAGGCCUCCUUCCUGAAAUUGCAAAGGUAUAGAUUACAAUUUGGGAAAGCUAAAAUUCCUCUCAAAAGUUUGCCUCUAAUUUCCCGAGCCCUACUCAUCAGGGAAUUAAAAAUCCCCACCUUAAGUAUAGUUGUCAAGGAUAUGAUGCAAAGAGCUGAUUGUCUUUUUCUGGAGGACCUUGUUGGAGGUUGCAAAAGUAUCAUCCCAGAUUUGGUUGCAGCUGUAGGAAGCAUGAAGCAAGUGAUCAAAUUAAGUCUCUAUUCCUGUUUAGAGAUAGAAUUCUUCAUCAUCUGUUCAACUAAUCCAUCUCAGGCUUGUCAUGACUUUCUGAUGUUAAUAGCAAUGAAGCUGAGUGCUAUGAAACAUUUGAAACAAGUGUGCCUUGGGCCUCCUCCACCUAAAUUCUUUCAGAAUUUGAAAGAAGUAUUCAUGUGUGAUUGUCCUCAAUUGACAAGAAUAUUUCCUGGGGAGUGCAAUCUGUGCAACCUUAAAGAGCUUGUCAUCUCCAAAUGUCCAAUGUUGACAUCACUCUUCUCAAAGCAGGUUGCGCAAACUCUAUUGCAAUUAGAAGUCAUGAAGAUAGAAUAUUGCAGCGAGUUAGAGUGUAUAAUAUUCGAUGAAGAGGAUGACAUUGGUGCAACAACAAGGGAGCAAAAGGUUCAUGUUUUAGAAAAUUCUCCAUUGACAUUCCCAAAAUUAAGAAUUCUGACAGUUGAAGAGUGUGACAAGUUGGGAUACAUAUUCCCAAUUUUUUUUGCUCAAGGCCUUCUGGAGCUGCAAAAAAUUAAGAUUACAAGUGCUCCUCAGAUGAAGUAUGUAUUUGGACAAGAUGUCGCUGAAGAUCUUUCAACCAAUCAGAAGAAGAUUCAAAUUUUGUUUCCUCAAUUAAAAGAGAUACAUUUAUCUUUUUUACCAAGUCUGGUCAAAAUUUGCCAAGAAAAUUGUCAUCCAUGUUGGCCAUCCUUGAAGGAAAUAAAUUGGCUCUCUUGUCCCAAUUUAACAAAUAAGGGACCGCAUGAAAUUGAGACAAUGGGAUGUGAAGUGCUGUGCAUUAGCAAUUGUGGAGUGACUGACAUAUUCCAUGUUCGAGGAGAUGGACAUAGAAGUAACGAUCAAGAAGCAACAACCUCCAAAUUGAAAGAGGUAAAGUUAGAAAUUCUUCAAGAGCUGAGUAUCAUAUGGAGAGGCCUUCACAGCUUUACACAAAUUCUAAACCUCAGUUAUCUUGAAUCCAUAACAAUUGAUCGAUGUGGAAAGUUGAAAUGUAUCUUCCCUGCUUUCAUCGAUAGAGGCUUUCCACAUUUGAUUGAUCUUGCCAUACAUAGUUGUGAGAAUUUAGAGGAGAUUUUUGAAGAGAAUGAAGAAGAGCUUCAAAAUCCAUCCAGGGUUCAAGAGUGUUUUCCCAAGCUUGAGGAAAUAACAGUGACUGGAUGCCCUAAGCUAAAAGUUAUAUUUUCUAUAAGAAUGGUUAAAAGUUUCCCACAAUUAAAGACUUUAUGGAUUUCUGAGUCUUUGGAACUAAAGGAGAUUUUUGGAGGUCCGAAUGAAGGCAUUAUCUCUGACAAUGAAAAGGAAAUUUCAGUCCCAAACUUGAGAGUGAUAACACUUGAAAACCUGCCAAACCUCACUGACAUUUGCCAAGGUUUUAAUUUUCUCCCAAAGGAGCUUCACAAGAUUCAAAUAUAUGGUUGCACUAAAUUUGCUCCUAUUUUAGAAGCAACUCGGUUUUGGAGAGAAAAGGGCUUACGCAUUUUUGUGUGCAAUCGGGGAGUGAUAGACAUUUUCCAAAUUGAUGGGUCUGUAAAUUUUGGUGGGACUGAGCAGUACCAAUACAUGGGCGGACAAGUGGUUCUGUUGGAAUCCGAACAUAAACUAUGGAGCGGUCCUAUUCCCAGAAACGUGUUGAGCUUCCAAUAUCUUCGUAGUUUAGUAGUGAGUCAAUGCAGUACCAUGAAGUGUUUGUUCCCUUUGAGUGUCAUCCAUGAAGGCCUGCCCGAGCUGGCUUACCUGUUAAUAUCUGGGUGUGAUGAAAUGGAGCAAUUGGUUGAUAUUGAAGAAGACAUAGGAGAACAAGAGGUUAAUGCAUGCAUUAAUAAUAUUCAAGUCUCAGGAUGCUUUCCGAAGCUAAGAGAACUAGUGGUGGAUAGUUGCAACAAACUGAUCAGACUUUUCCCAGCAAAAAUAUUAAUAGCUAGAGAGCUUCCACAGCUUGAGAUUAUGUUGAUAGUAAAUGCUGCUGAGUUAAGAGAACUGUUUGGUCAAAAGGUUGCGCUUCCAAACAUGAAGAAGCUAACACUAGCCAGUGUGCCGUAUUUGACAUCCUCCUCGGUGGAAACUAUUUCCCGAAAAGGUGGUGGCAUGUACUCCAUAGCACAAAUUGGGUCUCGUUUGGUGCACUUGUUCGAAUAGAUCAUAUCAAAGAGAGAAUAAUGUAAUUCCAAGGGAAAGGGAAAAAUGAUAUUUCUGCAUGUGAAAUGCUCAUUUAAUCAAAGAAAUAAUAAUAUAUAGGAAUACGGUUAUUAUUGAUUUA